UUGUGGUGUAAUUGGAAACCAUUUCCUUCAUGUGAAGCCAGACCUUAUUGAACUUUCAUUAUAUACGCCUAGAUGACACAACACUGAGGAGAAAAUACAAUAAAUAGUCUACCCCAGAACCGAGCGUUUGGAGUUGUAUCAACUUCCUGUUUCUUUUCCUUGUGCACUAGGAGACGCCAUAGAUCAGUCUGCAUGUGUGAAACGCAUCUUAAAUGUGCAUCACAACAUCGACUGUGAUCUGACAAAGAAAAUAUUAACCGCAGCCAGGCGCAGGGGGGGCUGCUCUGUGUGUCCAACAGUGCAUUAACCCUUGUCCGAAGGUCAACACACUCUGCCUGUGCAACUACUGAAGAGAGUCCCGCAUGAACAUGGACAUCGCCACAGUGAAUGCUCUCACUUACGAGGAUUUUGUAAAUAUUUUGGGCAACGUGGUGGAGAAAUGUCCCAUUAUAACAGCUGCUGUGUGGUCGGGGCGUCCAUUUUUUAACUUGACUGCUUUGGAGGCUGCGAUCAGUGAAUUCAUCGAUGCUCUCCCAGAUUCAGGUAAAGAGGGGAUCCUCAGGUGUCACCCAGACCUCGCGGGCAGGGACCUCCAGAGUGGCUCGUUGACCCGGGAGUCGCGCGAGGAGCAGGCAGGAGCCGGGAUGGACGCGCUGAACUCCGCGGAAGCCUCGCGCGUGGCCAGGCUCAACGAGGAGUACAAGGAGCGCUUCGGGUUCCCGUUUGUCAUCUGCGCCCGGAUGAACGACAAGGCGAACAUACUACGGCAGCUGUCCGAGCGCUGUCAGAACGAGCGCGCGGUGGAGAGGGCGCGCGGCAUCGAGGAGGUGAAGAAGAUAUGUCGCCUGCGUCUUCAAGGUCUCGUGCUCACUGACGCUCACAACAAGUUAUGAACCUUAAUUACUGGAGUUUAUAUUGGAUGUCUCUUGUGCCACCCGGAUGUAAAGA